AUGAAUUCAAAAUGGCUGCGAUGUGUUCAUCGACAACAAAACUCUCAAGUUAGGUUGAUAUGCUUUCCUUGGGCCGGCGGCAGUGCAGCAUUCUAUGGAAACUGGGGAAAGAAAUUUACUAGGGAAAUUGAGGGUUUGUGUCAAUUUUCCCUCUUUUUAGUUUCAAAUUAAUACUUAAUGAGAACUGCUUUCCGAAUGACAGCUGCAAUUAUUCCAGUCGUUACCCGGCACUAAGCGAAUUAACUCGAAGGACUGAUACGCCAAAGAUUAUCAUCUCGCCAAUCUUUUUAGCAUUAAUAAAAGAUUUCAAUUUUAUUGAAUUCUAUAUGAGAGAAAUAUCAACAAAAGUAAUCCAAUUUUUUACGUACACCGUGCGCAUUCUGACAGCAUAAUGACAACAUUUUUCAUUUCCGGUUUCCGCCCCCCCGCCCCCCCGUUUCACAGAGACACUUGAGCAAAAGUGUACUUCCAUCUGUGAUGCAUGCUACUAAAGAAAUUGACUUUGAAUGCUUAUAUAGAUAUACCUUUAUGCACAGCCCUAAGUGGUAGAUGCCAGUGGCUAAAAAUAAUGACUUUCUAUCUUUAACAAUCCAAAGGGAGACCAAAACCUGUUAAUUUUUCCCCCAGGCAGUUACCCCACCCCCCUCCCCCCCAGCACUUCCCACUUGAUGGACAUGUUUUGGAAAUUCAAUGAAUCACCAUUUGGUCUAAAUAUUGGUGAGCGUUUCGUAUUGUAGACCUUAAUGUAAAACUUUAAAGGGGUUCCCACAGUGUAACUGGAGUGGGGUAAUGCAAAGACAGUAAGAGUGGGGCAUGGGAACAUCUAGUUGUUAAAUUUGACAAAUUUGUACCUAAUUGUUAAUGUUUUACCGUCCACUUCUGUUAAGUGAUAGUGACCACUCAAAAUCCUGUGAUUCGAAGGUUGAUUACGAGACAUGGUAGUCCAUUUCUGGUCACUCUCUCUUUGAUAUGCAAUUGGAGGUUGCCGCUUACGACAGCUGUAACACAGAUCAGGACCAUCUCUUCUGGCAACAAGUCUGACAUAUCUAUUUACUCAAAGAGAAUUGUUGCAUACAGUUUCUGAGUUAGAAUAUUGGCAAUCUCAUGUACUUCCCGCUAAAAAAAUCCUCUUAUACUCUGAGUUACGUAAUCUAUAUUAGCGAAUAUAGAAAUGAGAAAAUAUUUUUGGUCACUUAUAGGGCAAAAAGGUAUUGCAUUGUGGUCACUCACAAGAAGUGUUACUUUACAAGAGGUUCCAACUAUAAUAGUGAUUUAAUUGGGGAAAUUUUAAAAUUUUGGAAAGGCUGCUGCUUACGAAAGGCGGUCGCACAUAAAAGUCCAACUGUAGUUAUAUAAUUUUUGGUCUUGUUGUCUUUGUCUUAUCUACAGUGUAUGGGGUUUGUUUACCUGGCCGUGAGAGCAGGUUUUCAGAGCCGUUUAAUACAGACUGGGAGUCUCUUGUGAAAGACAUUUGCCAGGAUGUGCAAGGGAUUCUAAGAGAAAAGCCUUUUGCUCUCUGGGGACACAGGUUAGUGGCAAGUAGCCACAGUAAAUAACCAAAGUAAUAAUAAUUGCCAACCUAUCAAGCUGCCAGUAUCUCAUCUUUGCUGGAUAGAGGUCAGUCUCCCCAGGGUGGUACCCCCUAUUAAAAUGAUGGAAUAAAUAUUGCAAAAAUUAAUUAUAACUUUUAUCACUGGGUGUGAGGCAUGUGUGGCCAAUUGGUUAUUACACCUCAAACUCCGGAUCUGGAGGUCCAGGUGUCAAGCGUCGUCUCGCUGUUGUUUCCUUAGACAAGGAACUUUACUCUACUUGAGCCAGGUGUAUAUUAAAUGGGUACCGGUGACGUACUGGUGGGGGGUAACCCUGUGAUAGGCUAGCUUCCAGUCAAGGGGAAGUAGCAAUACUCAUAGGAAAUAUAUGCCUUAUGCUAAGGAAGCCAGGAUAAACUCCAGCUGUUUAGGGCUUUGUCUUGUGUGCGCCUUUACCAUUAGAGUGUAAAUUUGCUAAGAGUUAGAGGAGGACUUGGAUUACAAGUCCAGGCCUAUAUUAAACUGCUCAGACUCUUUACUUCCACUUUAGAAGGUACAUGGAAAUAUAGCAUUUUUCAUUGGUGUCAAUCCCUGAAAGCUACAUUCAGUGGACCAACAUGCAUCCUUAUUAUUUUAAUAUCACUUGUGAAAGGAACUCUUGUGGAAUGAUUUUCCACCAUUUUUAUUGUUGUCCCCUAAAGUCUAGGUGGUGGAAUUUGCUUUGAGGUAGCGAGACAUCUAAAACUGCAGCAUAACUUGCAGCCAGUUCACAUGUUGAUAUCAUCAGCAUCAGCACCUCAGGUUGGUUGCAGACACACCUUCAGUUCAAUAUUAUUGACCUCGUUCGAGUACCACCGUAAAACUCUUGAUACAGCUCUGGAUGGCAUAUAGUGCUCUGUUGUUUGUAGUUUUCUGUCAUCUCCAAAGGACUUGAAAUUUAGAUUGUGUUAUAUUAGGGUUGGUUGGGUUGGUUAGGUUUUUUCAUGCUAUAAUGGGAAAAAAAGGUUUUUGGUUAGUUUGGCUGAUCAAGUUAGUUGAAAUGGUUGAAAAUGAUUGGUAGCAUCUGCUGAUCUUUUAGGAAGCGUGCAUCACUUUUAAAUUGUUACAUCAAUUAAUGGGAUUUUGUCUUAGUUAAAACUUUCUGCAUAGUUAGUCAAGUCAUUCCAAAAUGAGAUUAUUAUAUCUGAUGUCUGUAAAAUUAGGCUAUUUGCAUGGUUUUGAUUAACAGUGAUUUACGGAAACAGAGAUAAGUAAAAAAGAGAGUAAAAAGUCGAAAUUACCAAUUGCAGGCUCUUUGAAAAUCAUAUGGGCGUGAUCAUAUACCUUGCUUUUGUAUUGUUCAAACCUGAAAGAUUGAAAGAAAAAAAUUGAGACAGUAUUCUAGUUUGUAUAAUAUUUCUUACAGGUUCCAAGAACAGUUCUUGAUGUUUCAAGUUUGAGUGAUGAUGACUUAAUCCAAAAAAUCCGCAACUGGGGAGGAACACCAAAAGUCUUGACCGAAAACAAAGACAUGAUGAAGAUUGCUGCUCGUGUUUUAAGAGCUGACCUGACACUCCUCCAAAACUACAGGUAGCAUAAACUUGAAAUACCAAAAAUACAUUAGCAGACUGACAGGAUGUAGUGAUGAAGAGGGAGGGGCUGCCCAUUAUAAAUCAUUUCAAAAGCUACCGUAACGCUUUUUUUUCUUUAUGUAUCGCUUUCUGAUAAAAUGAACGACUUAAUCCAUUCAUACCGGAUCUUCAAUUUAUUUACCGAAAAACUUCCAACGAACCUACUUGCCUUUUUAUCAGGUCAUAUUUUAAUCAAAUAAAACCUCACAGUCUAUCCAAAUCUGUGUCUGUUUUUUGGACAUUAAGGUCGAUUUUCUCAAAGAGUUAGAUUUAUAACUAUUUGGGUUGAGGCCUUUUGCCUAAACACUGAAAAAGAUGGAAAUUUAUACAAUGACUGUGUGUUCUAAAAAAGUUCGCGUGGGUAGUGAGAAGUGAUCAAUUGAGCAGUCCAUAGUUUACUUUUUGACUGCAUAUUUGGUCCAUUUAAUGGAAAAUGUCCUUCGGCAAAGUCGUCUCUGAGUGUUAGACUCUAGAAAUUGAUUUUGUCAAUUGAGCUGACAAAAGAAAACUGCCCUUGUACCGUCGGUUGAGCGGCUCAGGUAUCACGCAUUAUAGUGUAGAUAAUCAUGUUUUGGCUGCGGAGACGCCCCUUCUCUUUUUGUCCCCUUCGCCAAGAUGCCGUGAUAGUCUACCACCACCGCUUCCGGACGACUGGGAGCUAAUCAGAUGUUUUGGUGAUGAACCAUGGUCAGGAAAGUCGGGUGUUUUAAUAUUUAGAAGUAGGCUAAUUCUCUGAGCCAACCGCGAUUGUUGCCAAUUGAUUUGAGCUAGCAGUUUAUUGAUUUGCAUUCUAAUCUAAUAUCCAACUGUAGGUUUGAAACUAAUAACAGCGUAGUCUUGAAUUGCCCCGUUACAUGCUUCGAUGGUUCAACAGAUCUUCACGAUCAAGAUGGUAUGUAAGCUUUCUAGUCCCCGCGCCGACAGCGCAUUUUUUCCACUGCUAGAUCUUUAACUUACGUGCCCAAACUAAGCCGGGUAACCUAAGGAUUUUGCAGCCUCGUUCCCACCCUCCCCUCCUUUUGGAGGUUUUGUUGUUGUUAUCAAUAAACCCGGGCCCACCGUUUUCUUUCGCCAUCGGUUUUUAAAAAUCUCACGGCGAGUUCCCCAGGCUUUGAUUUAACGCAAACUUACUUUGACGCUCUUUAUUUGAUUGCAUUCCAGCACGUGCCGGCGGAGUCGGCACGUAGUACUGAUAAGAUAAACUUCCCAGAGUAGAAUAAUUGCUUACACCGCCCCAUUAAGUUGCACGAUGCUGGCUGGAAGUUUCAGCUCGUUGUGCCUAUAUGUCGCCGUGGUGUCAAUAUCGCGGGGGAAAUAAGUAAGGCUAUAUGGCCACGAUAUGGCGGAAGUCUUCUUCCACGUACGCCGAUCGCGGAGUGGUGUUCUACCCUUUACAGUCAAUUCUCUCUAAGAGGGACACCUUUGGGACCGGCACUAGCUGUCCGUCUUAGAGAGAUGUCCGUCUUAUAGAAAGUCAAAUAGAGGGAGCAAAGAAAGGCAGGGACCAACUCUAGGUGUCCGUUUUACAGAGGUGUCCGUCUUAUAGAGGUGUCCGUUAAGAGAGAGUCGACUGUACACCAUAUGUUUUUUUGUCAUGUUUUCACUAGACUUUAAUUUAAAGUCUAGCCAAAGGAACUGCGACAUUAAUUGACUGUGGUUUUCCAUUUUUACCCUCUUCAGACACUUUCUUUGGAAUCUGUUAGAAGACACUUCCCUCUCACCUAUAGUUGGUCCAUGCGUUCUUUAGUCAUUUUCUUUGACUCGCUGUAAGGCGGACACCUCCCUUAAAUGGACACUUAGAUUUUGGUUGUGCAGUCUCUUAGGUAGGCUCGAUUUCCGCCGUCUCAUUUUCCCGAACAGCGGCUGGUAAUCGAGGCUAUUUCUUAGGCGGACACCUCUCUAUGAGACGCUCCAAGACUUAAGGUGAUGUUACACGGGACGAUUCGCAACGACGACUUUUAGCGCAACACAGCAUUGCAAUGUUGGAGCAAUGUUGUAACCAUUCGAAACAAUGUCGUAGCAAUGUUGCCACGCUGCAUUUCGCUAAAAAUCGUCGUUGUGAAUCGUCCCGUGUAUCAUCAACUUAAGUCUUGGAGCGGAGAGUUGACUGUAGACAGAGAGUCAAAGAGAAAACCAUAGUAACAUCGAUCUGAAGGAUGAGGUCGAACACCUUAAGUUUAAUAGCCACAUCUCUAUUUUUUUGUUAAUUGCUUUGUAAUUAGAUUGUGUUUUUUUCUUUUUUUUUUUGUUCUUACAGGUUGGGCAGAACUUAUGCAUGGUCCUUUUAAGAGACAUAUUCUUCCUGGUGGCCACUUUUAUUUCAUGGAAGGAGACAACGAAACUUCUCUCAUAAACCUUAUUUCUGCUGCU